AUGAGUAUUCGUUGCCAUAUAGGAGGACAUAUAUUACAUAGCAGUUCAAUAACCAAGGAGAAGUGGGGAUCCCAGCAGAACGCGCCGUCUGUGGUCCGUCCUCAUCCAUCCUGCAAUGAUGGUUUCUUAGUUAAUACCGUUUCUAUCUAUCUAUCUAUCUAUCUAUCUAUCUAUCUAUCUAUCUAUCUAUCUAUCUACGGUUUCUAUCUAUCUAUCUAUCUAUCUAUCUAUCUAUCUAUCUAUCUAUCUAUCUAUCUAUCUAUCAUCUAUCUAUCUAUCUAUCUGUUGAGGGAUAUUCAUUCCUUAUGUUUGUUAUUUAUUGGUACCGGAUUUCAUCCCGGAAUCCACAACAAUAUCUAUCUAUCUAUCUAUCUAUCUAUCUAUCUAUCUAUCUAUCUAUCUAUCUAUCUAUCUAUCUAUCCUUGCCGUGUGUUUCUAUCUCUGGCUUACGGCCAUAUCACUAAUAUUAUUAUCUAUCUAUCUAUCUAUCUAUCUAUCUAUCUAUCUAUCUAUCUAUCUAUGUCUUUCUUCAUAUCUAUCUAUCUAUCUAUCUAUCUAUCUAUCUAUCUAUCUAUCUAUCUAUCUAUUUAUCUAUCUAUCUAUCUAUCUAUCUCAAUUUUUAUUGCUGCUAAUAUUUUUUAUCUAUCUAUCUAUCUAUCUAUCUAUCUAUCUAUCUAUCUAUCUAUCUAUCUAUGUCAAAGAAAACUCGUUCAAAUACUCCUCUUUUUCUAUUUCUUAUAUUGUUUUUUUCUCUUCUUUUUUCAUUCUUUUUUUCUUUCUUUCUUUUCUUUCUUUCUUUCUUUCUUUCUCCUUUGA